GGAAAUGGAAAACACUUAACGCAGCUCGUCUUGUAAACGCAAACGUGAGUUUUGAGCGUAGGCCUAUUGUUUUCGUAUUUGAAACAAAUACGCAAUAUAUUUAUUUAACAUUUUAGCUAAUUUGAAAUUGAAUAAUUUAAACGUGAUAGUUACUUUAGGGAUAUGCAUCUUUGCGCAUUGUUGUUUUAAGAUAAAGAACAUUUGUAGUGAUAAUUACUGGUAUAGGCUAAGAAUAUGCAUGAUUCUAAUUCAGUACACGCAUAACUGUUUACAAACCGUUAGCUAGUUAGUUAUGUUUCAUACACGGAUUCAUUCCAGUUUAUGAAGGUUAACGGUUUUUACGAAUGCUGAAGUGCAUUUUUUUCGCCGUGCAGGUCACUGUAAGCAUUUUAUUCGAUCCUAUUUUUACAUGCGAAAACAGGCCCCAUUCCUAUUCAUUCAGAACAGAAGAAUACAAUAAUGUAACUGAAAUCUCAGAUUGUGCGUGGGAUUCUGCUAACCUCAAGGAAAAACAUCUCGGUCGUUUAAGUAGUUUUGAGGAUGCUACAUGGCUCCCUCAAUCAGAAGUGGCAGAGAUUGGCAUAGCAACCACACGAAAGCUAAACUGUACAUGGUCAGAAAUACUUCCCUCGUCUGAAUUUUGUCAAACAAAAAAGACACGUUCUGUGCCGUGUUUUGGAGUACAGUGUCACUCUGGAGAAGAAUCUGCAGAGCUCAAACCUCACAAUCGAGAUGGGCGAGAUGGCGGGCCUGGGUGCAUUCGGGCAGUGCGGAGCGCUGAAGAGCCGCCUCUCCUCUCCUCCGCCCCGGCAGGUCCCUGGAGCCACUCCCCCUUCGCCCUGAUCCGCCCCCUCGCCGACGCCAUGCUGCGGGAGGCCAGGAGGCGGUCUCUCCCCAGGCACAAAAAUAUACGCAGUUUGGCACAACCUCCAACGUUUGGGCUCACAUUUCACAAGUGUGCUCAGGUGGAUGCUGCUAAGGAGUUCCCUUUGGUGACCUUUUUCCUGCUGAUCAACAACACUGGGACGCCUGCCGCCACUGAUCUGUCCCAGCUGGGCAUUCAGGACGCCGUGUCCGGCCUCACCAUCGUAAAUAACAGCGGGGCAGUGGUGGAGAAGGGCUUCCAGUCCUUCACCUCUGACUCACUGUCAGCGGGCUCUGUCUACGUUGUGAAGUACACCGCGUCGGUUAAAGGGCACAGGAACGAGAUACUGGCGCUGCCGGCCUACCUGACCUUUUCCAACGCCUCGCAGAAUGACAUCAAUUUGUUUGGUCCUGUGGUGGCAAAUUUUACCUUGAGGGUGACCUCUGCAGAAAAGAUUUCGCCCAAUCACAGCGUGCACUUCGCGGGCUUCGUCGGGGCCUUCCUGCUGUCCGCUCUCUUGCUCAGCCUGGGCCUCGCCCUCCUCCCCCGGAUCCAGGCCGCCGCCCAAAAACACCCUCUGCAGCAAAGGAAAAACAGGGCUGUUCUGAGCGGGGACGGCGACCCCGAGUACGCCACAUGCAACAUCAGCGAGACGGCCAAAGAGGAGGCCGCCUUCGAGGACAAAAUGGUGGACAUCAUGGUGCUGGAGGACCCCCAGAACAUGUACCAGGCCCUGGAGAACCUGGACAUGUCCAACCUGCUGCGGGCGGCGACCAGCCUGGAGAGCGUCCGCGUGCAGAUCCACAAGGACGUGGUGGCGGCGCUGCUGCGCGGCCUGCGUCUGCGCGGGCUGCUGUCUGCGCAGGCGGAGCGCCGGCUGCUCAGCGUGCUGCAGGGCCAGCUGAUGGGCAUGGAGGGCAAGCUGAAGGAGGAGCACGUGGCCCGCAUGGCCGCCCUGGCCGGCCAGUGCAACAUGGAGACCCGCCAGGAGAUGGAGGCCGAGCACAGGAGGGAGGCCAGCGAGAAGGACCGGGCUGGGCUGCUCUUCCAGCACGCGGACCAGCAGGUGGUCCUGGAGUGCAGCGUCCUCUUGGACAAGCUGCACAAGCUGGAUCAGAACCGUCUGCAGCGGAGCCUGCUGGCGCGGCACGAGGAGGCCUCGGCCCAGGUCCAGAGGCAGAUCGUGGUGAGGCGCCGCGUGGAGCUGCACAAGAUCUUCUCCGAGGAGCUGGAGGAGGCCACCAGGAUGGGCGAGAUGGAGAAGAACGUGGCCAACGACCUGCUGCACGACUACUUCACCUGCCAGGACCAGCUGGAGGAGGUGCUGGAUGUCUUCCUGGCCACGCACCGGAGUGUUCUCGGCGAACGCCACGCCCAGAGGCAGUUCCUGGUGCACAGCCUGCAGAGCCUGAAGAGCCUGAUCUGCGAGGUGUUUGCCAAGACGUCCGGCCAGGUGGAGAGCUGGUUCAGGGACCUGAGGAGUGACCAUCCUUCCCCCAGGGAGGCCAGUGUGGCGGAGGACCAGCUGAACCUGCUCCUGGAGAAGGCUCAGAAGGAGCUGGUCCUGGUGAAGCAGGGGCUGGACGAGGCUCUGACUCGGGAGAGGAGCGCCAUGCACUGCGGCCUGGUCAAGAAGAGGAGAGGCCUCAUCUCUGACAAACUUCAGGAGCACAAGCAAAAGCAGAAGGAGCUGUCGGUUCUGUCCAGGACCUGCGAGGAGGGUUUGGACCCGGCCCACUACCUCAUCUCCUGGCAGAACCUCCUCAUAGCCCAGUGUCUGGAGCUGGGAGAGCUCAUCAACAACCUGGAUGAGGAGGCGGCUGCUGAUAUUCGCAAGGUCACCAUGCGGGCGAUCCACAGCGCGGUGGCGGAGGUGAAGGCCCUUCAGCCGGGCGCGGCGCAGGCGCUGCUGGGCCUGGGGGCGCCGCGCUUCCUCCUGCAGCCGGAGCUGGUGGGCGGGGCCAUGCCGGAGGCGCAGGAGUGGCUGCAGCAGGAGGGCAAGGCGGCCGUGCGGACGCUGCAGAGCACGCGAGACGCGCUGCAGGACUGCAUGGAGCUGGAGCUGCAGGAGCAGCAGGCCCUGCGACAGCGCGGCCGGGCCUUCUUCCAGGCUCUGUGCGAGGCACAGCUCACUCUCUCAGAGGAGGAGCUGCUGCAGAUGAAGCUGGAGUUCCAGAAGUGCAUGUCCAGGAUGGACCGCUGCCUGGUCCUGCCCCGCGCCCUGUCCCGCUCCAGACUGCAGGCCUUCCUGUCCCAGUGGAGGAAGGAGGCCCUGGAGAGAUCCGAGCUUGGCCUGGCAGCGGCCCCGCCCGGGAAGCAGGCAGAGAAGAAGCCCAGAGUGAAGGUGGCAGCCCCAGAGCACAGGCAGAGCCCAGACCUGUCAGAUCUCCUGCUCUUCCAGAAACAAGCAGAGGAGAAGAUCCGGCUCUACGAGCAGGAGAAGGAGAUGGAGCGCACCGCCAUGAAGAAGGUGCUGGAGGAGAUGCGCAGUGAGAGAGAGCUGGAGCUCCGGGCUCAGGAGGAGAGCCUGGCGGUGCAGACGGCUGCUCUGCACUUCCAGAAGGCAGAGAAGAGGUCCAGAGUGCUGGAGACGUACGGAGCCCUGCUCUCCCUGCAGUCCCUGCUGGUGGAGAACAUGAGAGUCAGCGGGACCCUGGGAGGAGCCGAGAUAACACACUGCAUACACAGCCACGGCCUGGGCCUAGAGGAGGCGGAGCUUGUCCUGCAGAGGGAGAGGGCGGAGUGGGAGGUCCUGUCCACCGCGCACUCCGGUGGGGCCGCCCCCGGGGACACCGAUGAUGAUGAUGAUGAUGAGGACGAUGAUGAAGAGGGCGGACUGUUCCACGUAAACCAGAAUUGCAGGAUUGCCGUCAGUCUCCAGGGGGCGCUGGAGAAGCGUGAGCAGAUCCUGAGCACGCUUGACGAGAGUAUGCGGGAAAAGGACACAAGACAUCAGGUGAUGGAGGAUCUAAAGGACCAGCUGGAGUUCAAGAGGCUUCACAUGCAUUUAGAUCAGGACCUGGAGUUCACCGCCGACCUGCUGAAGCGCGGUCAGACGCCAGUGGCCGUCGUCCUGGAGACCCUGCGCCUCCUGCUCCCCACGGCCCCCGAGUCCGACCUGCUGUCCCUCGUCGACGCCCUCUGCCCCAAGCAGGCCGCGGCCCCGCCCACCAGCGAGCGCGACAGAGGGUGGGCCGACGGAAGCAGAAACUCCCUCCUGGCGAGACUGAGGGGGGAUAUGGUGAGCAGGAAUGUCUGGACGGGCCUCCAGGACAGGGAGAAGGAAAGGAUGGUGAAGAAGAGGCAGAGGCUUCUGGGAAAGCUGUUCUCUGAGUGCUGCGCGGAGAGUUCCAGAAGCCCCCGGCUGGUCUCGGCGGCGGGGCGGUCGGGGGAGGCCCCGCGCGGCGCCGAAAUUUCAGGCAGCGGGACGCUUGCAGCCACGGGGGGAGAAUCGCCGCGUGAACCACAAGCAGGCCCCUUCCCUGCCCCCACUCCUAACCUCGCCUCCGUCACUGCCCCCACUCCUGUCCCUGACCCUACCCUUAACCCCGCCCCUGUCCCCGACCCCUUACUUAAUUCUACCCCUGUCCCAACCUUUAACCCCACUCUUGUCCCUAACCCCACCCUUAACCCCACUCCUGUCCCAACCCUUAACCCCGCCCCUGUCCCAACCCUUCACCUCACUCCUGUCGCUAACCUCACCCUUAAUCCUGCAAAUGUCCCGACUCUUAACCCCACCCCUUCCCCUAACCCCGCCCCCAUCCCUAACCCUGUCCCUAACCCCGCCCCUGCCGCCGAGGUGUGGGACAUGCCUCACACGGGAGAGAAGGUGUUCGUCUUCCGCCUCCAGCCUGAGUCCCAGGACUCCGCGGACAGGCCUGGUGGGAAGAGGGGGAAGAAGAGGAACUUCCUCAACUUCAAGAAGGGCUCCAUUGCUCCUCAGGACCAGUGAAGCACCGUGUGUGGGUCACCCCCGGUGUGGCACAGAGGGGUCCACCUAAAACUCUGUAGCCUGCAGCGUCCAAUCCAUGUCACAAGCACAAAAGGUUUAUGCAACUUCAGGUGACGGCUUCAAUCCUCCCUGCCAUAGGCCAGCGGUACAAAGCUGAUGGGUUCUCGAGCAGCACUUACCAAAGACUUACCUGGGUACUUGUUUCUGCCCCUUGUUGAGUACCCCUUUCCUACUGUAGCACUGAAACCAGGCUCGCUGUUUUUGCUAGCGGCUGGAUAGCUGUCUUCUUUCCCAUUCUGAGCUCGUACCAGCUCAAGCUGUUUGCGGUCCCGAUGCUGGCUCAGUUAGCAGCGAGCUGUGAGCAGAGUCGGCAGACUGCGUAACGGGCACUUCUGUUGCCGUUUCUCCAUGGCUGCUCAUUGUGAAAACCAGAGGCGGCUAGAGUUCAUACGGGGUGUGCUUUCCUUCUCCGACCUCAGCCUCAGCUCUGUGGAGGAAGUAGCCAUUGCGGUCAGUAACGUUAUUGCGAUGGCCAUUCAUAAGACAACCAAUGGUGCUGUAGCACUGGGGUGUCAGACUCUAGCCCUGUGGAGCCACACUGUCUGCUGGCUCUCGGUGCAUUUCGGUACUCAGAUGAUUAAUCUAUGUCACUGACUGUGCACACCUUGUUUCCAAGGCCUAAAUCAGCAUUAACAUGCAGGCACUGCGCCACCCCAGGACCUGGGGAUUGACACCCCUCCUGUGAUUGCGCAGCCAGUCUUGGCUCCUGCUCAUUCCAGCACGUCCAGGUUCCUGGUUUUGCCGUAGCAAAGGGGUAUAUUACGCAUGGCUGUGCAAUAAAGUGAUCCAGGCUUGAGGCUUCCCUUCUUUUAUGUCAGGAAGAUCAGAUAUUAUGGACAGUCUUAAUUUGCAUGGCGUUUUAGAUGAGUUGCGUAGUUCUAAAAGAAUAUUUCAUAAGGAGUCUAUAGCUAUUUCUUAAGCUUUCAUAGGACCUGCUAGAGAUGUAGACAUAAAUAAUAUAGCACUGAGAAAUGUUAAACUAUGAUUAAAAUAUUCAGGCCAAAAAGAUUUUUUCUGCUGGUGUACACUAUGUUCACAUUUUGUACCUCUCAAAUUCAAUGAUAGUUUGCUAGACUCCAGUCUUUUCAACUAGAAUUGGGAUUACAGUUUUUAGUAUUCCUUCAACAAAAUAGACACCAAUACUGUAGAUCCUAUCGGAGGUAUUUGUAGCUGGUACUAUUAUUAAUACUGUUGUACUGCUUCUAUUUUCUUUGGUUUUUGCACAUGUGCUUAUAAUUAUGUGCAUGUAAUGUAGGUAUACUCAGUUGCCAGACAUCCAUUUAUUCCAGUCUUUUGCAACAUCUGAGAAUGCGAGGGAGCUACGCGUUGAAGAUUUUAAGUGUGAAAAUGCAUGUGAAUCGAUGAUAAAUUCGCAGAUUGAAAGCCAUUAACUUUUAGACAGAACUUUCACAAACUUAGGCUGUCACAUACCUUUAAUUGGGUGGAAGGAGCAGAUGGGUUUUUCGAGUGUCAGUCAGAUUGAGGUGCCUUGCAAAGUAGAAAAUGAAAAGGCAUUAAGCGUCAGUCGCACAAUUCUAGGUGAAGCCUUCAGCCAAGGUUAAUGCAGCGAUGUGGACAAGCCAGUUAAAUGACAUUAUUUAGGUAUUUAGCCGAGUGUGUAUUUAACACGGUUAGAAAACCACUAUCGACCUGCUUAAAAGUUUAGCAAUUUGAACGAUUUUUUUUUUGUUUGUUUUCGGCAAAGCGAAUCGUGAUUAAACACCCCUCCUCAGAUUUGACAACCUGAAAACGGAAGACCGGGCCUUUCGUUCGAAAUCUGUACACAGAUCCUGUGCCGGCUUGCUGGUUGCAAAUGAGAGAACGGCCGUUACCAUUUUCGGUUCCCCUCAUCAUGAUGAAAAGGCCGGCGGUGUCAGCUUCGGAGUAAGUUGUUGGCCACAGUGACAAAGGAAAGAUAACGGCAGGUAAUUUCCUCCAUCUUGCGGGCAACUUUUAUUUGACCCAAUCUGUGGAAAUUCAGGCAAUUCAUUGGGGGGUAAGAAUGAACAAUUACUGUGCAGCUUCCUCAGACUUCAGUCUGAAAACAUGUACGUGCUUCAGAAUCGAACAGCAGCACUUUUUCAGCAAUCGCUUUCAUUCCACUUUGGACAGAUACGGUUGUUCAUUGUCUUUUGGAACGAACCCCGACCGACUGACAAUGUCUAAGUUUUACAUGUUAUUUUCUUCUGUGAUGAACUGUGAGCAUGAACUGUCUGAUAUUUUGAAAUUCAUCCCAGUGAUGUGUGCCAUUCAGUUUGACCGGUUUGCCUUAAUUACCAUUCCGAAUCCGAGUUGCUGUCAUUAAACAGCAAUGUGGCAAAUCCUUUUUUACAUCGUAUGUCUCUUGUCAAAGGGUCCUUUCUUUUCAAAAAUAUUCCUGAUAUGUCCUGAUCCUAACGUACUUCCUGAACAUGCAAAUGGAAUGCAUGAUUGAACUUUCUCAUUUAAAGCAGUCAUCCUUAUUGUAUUGUGAACUCACUCGGUCUUUUAAAGCAGUACUUCUUUGAUAUUCCUAUUUGUUAUUGUUUGGCUUUCAUGCGCAUUGUAUCCUGGGUAACUAUAGAAUUGAUGGGGAACUGUAGAGACGGAAGUAGAACUACUGGAAAAGCUUUAGAACUAAGGACGGUAGUACAACUUGUAAAUAACUACAGUAAGUGGAAUGCUGCUUGGUGAGUCAUUGUGCAAGCACAGUAAUUUGCUAGAAAAGAGGAUGCAUUAUUAUAAACCAUUUCAUAGCAUUUGCAAGGACAUGAUGCUUCUGUAAGGAGAUGGCAGCAUGUGGUGAUUUGUGUCACAGUGACGUCUUAAUCGAAUACCAGUUUUAAUUUGAAAUGAGAAAAUUCAGAAGUAUGCAAUUUCGUCUUUUUUAUAUUAUUUUAUUUUUACCGUUUUCACAGGUUUGAACUCUUAAUAUUCAAGCUUGUGUACAGUAAGUGUUUGUCUUGAUGCUAAUGUUACAAUCAAUUUUUGAAUUUAGGUUUUUUGUAACAUUUAAGUUUUAUACAGUAUUAGAUGGUACACUCAUGAAUAUACUCAGGUACUUUGUCAUAAUCAUGGGUAAAUAAAUGUUAAAAGGGAUUUGUGUUUCAAACUGUUCAAAAAGUUACUGUCUGCCAUGUUGUACCAAUACCCUCAUCCUACUCUGUUCACAGUGGGGGCUUAACACUGCUUUUGUUUAACUGAAAAUCACCUUCAAAAAUGUAACAUAUUUAACAUUUAAUAUCUAUAAACUUCAAUUUCAUAAGGAA